CCGACCCCCCCCCCUCAGCAUCCCCUCGUCCCCACCUCACGCUUUUCCUCUCCGUAGCUGGAAUAGCUCUGUCUGCCUCAUUAACUCCCGGCCCUACAAACGUCCUCCGGUGCGGCGCUCGUUAAUUUGUUUCCCUGCUCGGGAAUGUGUUCUUUCCGAGGUAUGAAGGUCAGCAAAGGAGGAGAGAGGCAGGCUGUGACCGUACAGAAAACACAGGAGGAGCGUGGUUUGGGAGGAGAAUUAACAACUUGUGUUUUAGCUGAGAAACGUGUUUGUAAAUAGCUGAGGUACCCAAAGAAUUGUUCUGGGUGCUCAGAGCACAAUAAGAGCUCCAGAGAUGGUUUAUUAUACAUCAGGCACAACCAAAAGCCAUCCUCACAUUUAUUUCUUGCGUGACAGACAUUCCAGAGCAGUUCUAAAUGAUAUAUAUUGCUUUUAACACAGCCUUGCUUUCGUUCAAUAGGAUCCUAUACAGCAUAUGGAGCCGUACAAAUUGAAUUAUCCAUUAGCAUCUUGAAACUUGGUGCUGGGCCCAAUGUUGGUGCAGCUGGAGGGGGGGGCCUUUGGAGGGCUGUAUUGCCUGGGGUUGGUUUGGGGCAGUUUGGUUUUUGCUGUGCUCCUGGAUGGCACUGGUUGGGGCACAGGGAUGCUGAUGUUCCCACAACUGGAAAUCUGCUCUUUCAAGGCAGGAAAGAGCUGCAGGUCCUCCAUCUAGCCCCGUUUCUUCAGCAUGCCAGGAGAACACAGAACAUCACCCCAGAGCACCAGCUAUCCCACACCUUGCCAUCCUCCUAUCCACCAGCCUCAGCCCGUGCUCUUCACCAGAGGGGUUGUUUCAGUGGCUAGAUCCCCUUUUCCCCAAGCGUUUCAUACCCCAGCUCUCCCCAAGGACUCUCACAAACAGACUGGUAAGCACUUGAUUACUGUUUGCCCUUUCUAUGAGACCUUUCUCUGCUUGCUGUGCUCCUGCUGGCUCUUUAAGCUCUCUUCCAAAAGGCACCUUCAGCUCCCAGCAGCUGUGCCUUGUUUUCUCCCUUCUCCCUCCAGCUCUGGCCUCCCACUGCUGGAAGUGUUUUGUUCCUUCUGCUUGCCACCAGCUUUGAGGUUAGCUGGUUUUUGGGGGGAUGUUGCUUUGUAGGGCUGGGUGAGGAAAGGAAGGAAGAAAACAAAGGCAGAAAGGGGAGCUGAGUUGCACAGAGGCUGCUGAAGGUGCUGCUGCUCUCUGCCAGAAAUCUGGGUGCUCUGUUAUUUUGGGGGAGGGUCUGUAAUGAGUGCUGCUAUGGGGGCUUAGGGAGAGCACUUGUAUCCUGCAAGGUGCUGCAGCCCUGGUUUGGUGAUGCUGCACGUUCUGGCAUCCCCUCUAAGCUGAAGGCUCCUGUUGCAGCAUGCUCAGCUCCCUUUCUGCCUAUGCAGAAUGAUGAGCAGCACCUGUGGGUGAAAGCACUGUGCUCCUGUCCCCAUGUGCAUUUCCCCUCCCUGCCAGCACUGAGCUUCCUCCUGCUGGAUGGAGCUUUGCACGCUCUGCAGCUGCCUGCAGGAAGGCUGGAGGCCUGCACUGCAUGGCAGCACGCCAGCAGCUGCCUGUUUUUCCUCCUUCCUCCUUCUUGCUAUUGCUGAUAUGGAGAUAAGUUGUGUAAAAGGGCUCCUGGCUAUGGCUCAGUGGCCUUUAUGGCUGUGCAGGAGAGCAACCCUGGGGGAGGCUGCUUGUGUUGUUUCCCCUCCUGCUAUUCCAGCCUUAGGGCUUCCCUUGGGUGCUGGCUUAUGUGUGCAGCUCUUGACGGGGCUGAGCACUGGGCACAGCUUAUCCUGAAGCACGAAUGGGGGAUUUUGGGGUUGCGUGGGACCCUAUGAUGUGCACCCACAUGUGUUGCGACCCAGAGAAAUAUUGGGUUGCAACUGCACCGAGUGCUUUUUGUUGCCUACAUCUGCUCCUUGGGCAGAGCUCAUUGCCUUUGCACCAGGAACUCAGUGAUUUGGAAGGAGAUGGGGAUGCUGUGGGGUCACAGUGUCUGUUUACCUCAAGGCACUUCAUUCAUUGCUCAUCUGUGCAGCUGGUGAGGUGAGAAGGCUGGAUAUGCAGGGAUUACUUUGCAUGUUGGUAUGGUUUGUGUCUGCAAAUGCUUAACACUGGGCAGCACUGAGUCAGACAAGAAAAAGGACAAAAACCAGGCUGCUGUGUGCUGCAGAGUCUGCUCUGGGGGGCAGUGGGGCCAAUUCUUCUCUCCCCCUCUUGGUUGCUGUGGGCUGGAGAUGGAACUCACAAGGGUUCUGCUUUGAUUUGGAAGCCCUGACCCCAAACUCCUGCUCACAGGCACCUUUCAUAUGGCAUAAUCCCUGUACAACCUCAUGCAGAGAUUACUGUGCCCAGAUCAGGGAACUCUGAGCCCUUCCAGCAGAACCUGGCCUCGUUGCUGCCACCUCUGCAUUGGCUCUUUCCCCAGCCAUCCAGAAAGUAACACCGUAACUGAAUACACAUGAUCACCACUGGAAGGGGAAUCGGCUGCUCUUCCCAAUUUAGUGGCAAACUGUGGGAUGCUCCUUGCUUCUGGCAGAUCCAGGUGUCCCCUAUUGUGAAACCACGGCUGAGUCAGUGCUGCAAGCUGGCCUGCGGGGAGCCCAGCUCCAAACAUCCUGUCCGAGGGCCACCUCCCUGCCUCACCUCUGCCUUUAUCUGCCCCUUCUGAGUAACAACGCGUCUGGCGAGGGAGAAGGACAAGCAGAAGCUGCAGACACCAGGAGUGAUCCCAAUGCCGACGAGUUUCCUUGGCAGCGCCCUUCGGGGCACCUUCUUCCUCAUCUUUGGUCUCUGGUGGUCGGUGCGAUACCCCCUGAAGUAUCUCAGAAGGAAAACAAAUGCUGAGAACCAGCCAAGCUAUGGGCUCCGGCGCGUGGAAGUCUUUGAAGGGGCAGUCAAAGCUUUCUUUGCCCUGGCAGGGAUCCUGGUGGAGCAGUUUGUCCCCUCUGGUCCCCACCUGAUGCUGUACAGCCCCAAGACACACAGCUGGACGGACCUCACGCAUUGGCACUACACCACCAUGUACCUCUUCUUCCUCCUCUCUGGCAUCGUGGAUGUGGUCUCACACUCACCACUCAAACUGCCAUUGGGUUUAGAUCGGCUCUCGCUGUCUGUGGCUCUGUUCAUGGAAGGUUUGCUCUUCUGCUUCCAUAACUUUGGUGAUGCUACACUGGACCAGCACCUCCACUCCCUGUUGGCCUUCGCUAUUUUUGCUGGAGCCCUCUGUGUCCUCCUGGAGGUGUUUCUCAGAGAUCAUAUCAUCCUGGAGUGCCUCAGGACCAGCACAUUCCUUCUGCAGGGCUCCUGGCUCUGGCAGAUCGGGUUUGUGCUGUCCCCUCCCUGGGGAGGACCGGGCUGGGACCAGACUGACAGCAGCAAUUUCUCAUUCCUCACCAUGUGCUUCUGCUGGCACUACGCAGGAGCCCUCAUCGCCCUGGCAGCCAACGCGGCCGUGUCACGCUGCUGCAACGAGUCCUGCCAGCUGCGAUUCGGGGACAUCGACGUCGAGUUGGACUGCGGCCUGUGCGUCCGCAAGAAGGGCUCUGGUGGGGCACUGCUGCCCGAGGGCGGCCCUGAGGAGAAGUGAGGCUGCAGUGGGCAGUGGCGGCUCCUCCUGCUGCUCUGGGGCUCUUGAGAUGAACUUCUGAGUUCUGUUUGGUUAAACUGGAAGCAGCGGAAGCGGGAAGUUGAGCCCCAAAGCUGAGCUGCUCCUGCGUGCUCCCGGCCCCCUCUGACAGCGAGGAGUUUGCCAUUUUCUCAGGACUGGUUUGCUGGCAGGCAAUGUGGCUGGUUGGGCUUUCUCUGAACCCAGCAGGAGGGAUGCAAACUGCCCCCCUGAAGCAGCUCCUGGUGCCUGCUGCUCGCUGUGCCGCUAGCAGAGGGGUUUUGUACAAAGCUUUG